ACCUACCUACCUACCUACCAACCUACAGCUCGAAUAUCUGAAGCCCGCAGGUUGACUAGCCCCGGAUCGAUCCACCUGCGGUUGAGUGAGCCGACAGACAGUACCACCCCACCCACUGGUGAACAGUAGUGAUACGACACAUUGUCUGGAGAUUGUCUGGGGAUUGUCUAGGCGGGAUCCUAAAAUGCCAUCCUCUUGGGCCAGUACCUUAUGGAUGGGGGCGUUCGUGUGGGGCGUGGUAAUUAAUGGCCAACAACGGACCGUGCCCGGGGUCAAUCCCAAUCAGUAUCAAGGUGGCCAAGGCCAGGGCCACCCCCCACCUCCACCCCCGCCUCAGCAACAGCAACCACAACAGUUUGCUCAAAUGCCACCCCAACAGCAGCAACCACAGCACCAACAGCAACACCAACAGCAGCAGCAACAGUUUGUUCAACAAGCUCAACAAUUUGCCGGUCCGCCUCACACGGGUAACGUGCCUCAAGGUCAACAAUUCCAGCAGCCACCCGGAGCACCCAUGGCUCCAGCGCCCGGCGGUGGCGGGCAUCACGCCCACGGGCAACCCCAACGGGUUUUGCAUCGCGAUGUCAAGCACGAACGCGAGCAUAUGAAAGAGCACAUGGAUGUGCCCAUAGAUACGAGCAACAUGUCGGAGGAGGAACUCCAGUUUCACUACUUCAAAAUGCACGACGCCGAUGGGAACAACAAGUUAGAUGGAUGCGAACUGGUCAAGUCCCUCAUUCAUUGGCACGACGAGGCCAAUCAUGAUCCCAAGGCUGGCCAACCGAUUCCCGAGGCCAAGAUCUUCAAGGACGACGAGCUGGUCAACAUGAUCGACCCUAUCUUAUCCACUGACGAUAAGAACUUGGACGGUUACAUAGACUAUCCGGAGUUCGUGCAAGCUCAAAAGGCGGCACAAGCCAAGGCGGCCACUCAGUAAAUCUUUAACCAUUGGGCGACCAUUUUUCGCUCAUCACUCGCACAGAAAGGGUCGUCCCGACCGCCAAUAUGUUCACUUAAAAACAAUGAACCUCGUUCUAAACAGAUCUGAGCCCUCCGCGGAAAAUGAUCCAGUUUUGAUGCGGAUGGAAAUAGUAUUAAUGUAUUCUCAGCCCAUCUUUUGAUACCAUGGUUUUAUAAACAUCUACAUUUGCUUUUAUGGUCCAACUUCCCCUAGAUCUGUUUGUUCCUUUGUUUUAUUUGAAAUAUAUUUUAUAUUAACAUU